AUGAAUGUUGACAAGGAUGGUUCCAGGCCUAUGUUAUAUGUAAGUUUGAAGGAGAGGAUUGUCGAAAGUCCAAAUUCAUCAGCUGCACCGAAUUCAUCAGGGGCAGCCUCAACAAUCAUCGAUGAAGAUCCUUGCGAACCUCCAAUGGACAAUGACAUCGAUGAAGAUCCUUGUAAACCUCCAAUGGACAAUGACUGUCCUGAUAAUGUUCAUGGAGAUGAUUUGGAGAAUCCUGCUUCCAGAAGCCAUAGCUAUGUUGAUGGAACAUGUUUUAAGAGUGGCGACACUUUCAAGGACAAGCGUACGCUAGUGGAAGCACUUGGGAUAGCUGCCUUGAAGGCACACUUCAAUUUCUAUGUCUGGAAGAACAAAUCAGUCAAAUAUAUGGCUAGAUGUAUUGAUGAUUCUUGCAAGUGGAUACUACACGCCAAUAAAUACAUAGUACGUUAUAGGUUUAUUAUAACAGUGUACUGCAAUGAACACACAUGCGGCAUACAACAAGUUUUUACUAACCAUUCAAAGGCAUCAUGUGUAGUUAUAGCUAGGCACAUUGUGGGUAAAUUUGAAGAAGGCGCAGGGAUCACUCCCAAAAAAAUACAGAAGAAAGUUUCUGAAAGAAUUAGCUGUGAAAUUAGCUAUUGGAAGGCCUAUCAGGCAGGCAUAAUUGCUAAGGAAUUCAUAAGGGGGUCAGCGGCUGAUGGGUAUUCGAAAUUGAUUCCUUAUAGUUGGAUUGUACAUAGUACAAACCCCGAAAGCAAGACAAACUUACAGCUCAAUAAGGAGGGGAGAUUCUUAUAUUACUUCUUGGCUUUUGAAGCGUGGAUAAGGAGAUUUAAGCACAUGCUAAAGAUCAUAGCAGUUGAUGGCACACACUUAAAGGAAAAGCAUGGAGGUGUUUGUUGA